UGCAUCCAAUGCUAUGAUAGCAUGGGUAACGAAAAUCAACUAUGCAUGGAUUCAAUUCUUAGUUAUCUGAUGAGAGAACAUGCAGAGAAGAAGCAUCAGGCGCUAGUACCUACUGAUUGGACAACGAUACAAGUGAAGAAUAUUCCUCAGCAAACUAAUGGUUUCGACUGUGGUGUAUUCACCUGUGCAUACGCAGAACAUUUGACAAGACAUGCACCCUUCACAUUCUCUGGAGCCAAUAUGCCAGGUAUAAGGAGAAGAAUGAUGGAGGAGAUUGUUUCAUCUCAAUUGCAAUUCUCGUUACCCACUUCAUUCCCUGUAGUAUCCGAAAGUAAUGCAGAACGUGGUCCAAAACUUGAAAGCACUCUGGCUAAAGAUGUUUGGCAACUUCCGACAGGGAAAAACAAACUCGUCGAAGUUCGAACACAGAAGAUUCGAGAUGUUUUCCUUCAUCAGUCAGCCAGAUUUCACCAAGGUGACCUCAAAUACUUCCCAGAAGAAAGGGCAAAUACUCAAUGUACAGCCAUUGCCAUGUUCAGCAUUGUAGCUUUGUCCUUUUCUGCUGGAAAUAUCACCAGAGAUCUCCUGGACUCGAUUCUCAUUGGGGGUGAUCAGUAUUACGUUCAAUGCAAAUUACGUAAUAAUGUAAAGGAAUCCCAUCUCUGCCCAGAGGAACUAUUACCAUCGUUCACGGCUUGUGGUCACUCGGUUACGGAACUUCUUCAUGUUCAACUCGCAUUCGGUGGAUAG